AUGUUCAACCCAUACAAUAUCCGUACGUCAUUCCCAACCAAGAACACGGCGCAGCCGCAGUCACCCUCUUCAUCGUCGUCAUGGCGGAAGGACGCCGAUCCCUCCAAGCGUAGCAAGGAGACCGCGGAUUCGAUCACAUACUUGGACAUCCCUAAGCCCGUCAGCUCCAUCAUGGCAGACAACAGGCGUCUGAACGGUACCCCGAUGGACGCCAAGUACACCAAGGACGAAGUCAAGGCCGCCGUCCGCACCCGCAGAGAGAACAGAAAGAACGAGGAACGCUUGAACCAGCAGAGGAAGCAGAUCCUGGCCAAAAUGCAAUCGGACAAAGGCCUUACACGCUACUUCUUCUCCGUCUUCCCUGACGGUGCGCCCAUCCCCGGAAUUACGGCCCUGGAGGACUGCGUCUACGGCAUCCGCCAAUCCGAGGGUCGCGAGAUCGACACGGAGAUCACUGAGGCCGAGGUCUCCCGCGCCCUGGAGCUUUUCGCCGACCAGGUCAAGUGGCACAACGCCAGCCUCACGCCUGUCGGCACGGUCAGUGAGGAGUGCGUCAAGGGCUCCACGGCGGACACGCUUACGAUGUGGCUUGAGACCCUACGGCUGCGACGGAAGCUUUCCGAGACGGUGGAAUAUUCUGAGGGAUUGACCCUGCAAGCGCGAAUUGAUAAACUGGUAGAGCAGAGAGUCCGCGCCACAGUAGAGAAGCAGAAGGCCGCGUUGUAUCCCGAGGCGAGUGGGAGCGGACCCCCCAAGAGGGCCACCAAGUGGCCUGAAAGCCGGUUCCAACAUCACAAGCCCAGAGGCUGGAACACGAAGCCCACGUCACAGGAACGGAUUGAGGCGUGGGCUGCGUGGGAGCGCGCCAAUGACCGUACGGACGCGCGGAUCAAGCGUCAGAACGAGAAGACCGCGAAGCAAUUGGACUGGGAGUUGGAUCAGGAGCAUGCGGCUACGCUGAAGAAGGUGUUUACCCCGACCGAUGAGGAGCUCAAGGGGCUCAAGCGCUCCCUGAAGCCGGAGACCUACGGGCUCGCCAAACCCAAAGACAACCGUGGCGACGGUGUGGAGAAGAUUAUUGAGCACCUAAAGGGCGGUUCUAAUUCUUGGUCGACCGACGGCAAUGACGGUUCGGAGCAGCAGCGUACAGAGCAGCCUUUGUUCUAUUCGCCUACGAAGGAGAUUCUUGAUACUUUCAAGAAGGCCUGGGGUAUGCCUCUGAUCAAGUCAAUGUUCUCCGAGAUGUCUCCCCAAGAGACUGACGGCAAGGGAAAGGGCAAAGCCGUCGACCGCAGUGGAGCCGAGGAUGCUGCCUUCAAGAGAGAACGCAACCUACAGACCUUCGAGGCUAGACAACGCCAAAUGGAAGAAGACCUUGUCGUCGAUAACGGUGACAGGGAGCAUUUCCUGUCAGAUGUGUUCCAUGACCCGCAUUGGACAGGCCGCUCCAACCAGGACAGUUUCCUGAGAGGCUGGCCCCAACGUUCGAACGAGACGAUGAUGGCGGUGAUUGGACGCGCUUCAGAUCUCUCAGAGCAAGAAAAGCAGUGGAAGCGCAAGCAGCACUGGGCUGAUUCGGCUGUGCAGAUGGACGUUCAGCUGCAGAGGGUAAAGCGGCUGCGGGAGCAGCUCGCGAGUGAGAAUGCUUCGGCUUCAAAGAAGGCCAAAACUGAGGCUGAGGCCGAGUCCAACGAGCGUGUGCGCCAGAACUUCAGGGCCGGCUUCGAGAAGUGGAAGAGUGAGAACGUUAAGCGCGUCACUCUGGCGGAGGCGUAUCAGCACUUGUUCAAGGGCAAGGACAGCAAUGCCGAGGUCGACCAGACCAACACCUCUGAGGAGAAGGCCACCGGGAAGCAAAAGGUUGACGUUCCUUACGUCGCGAACCCCCCCAUGACUUACGCGCCACGCCGUCAAGUCUUUCCCACGUCGAACGACAGAAAUGAGGAUUCUGAAAAGGGAGACGCCGUGUCCUGCAACCCCUGGGCUUCUCCUGAGAGGCAGCUUCUCAACCCGGAGGCCCGCGACAAUUUUCAUGAAGGUCUUGCCUCUGACGUCUUUGUUUCAGAUCAGGAGCCUAAGGAUGAUCUGAAGCCUAUGGCGAUGUUUGAGAAGAGGCCUAACGUUAGUGCUGCUAAGCAGUCGGCUGCGGCCUGGAUGCAUCAGGGUCCGACGCCGCCCGCGGUGACUAGCGACGGCCGGUCUCAAAGUGAAGCUUACCAUGAAAUGAUGAGGAGGAAUAAACUCGCCGACGAGAGGCUACUUCAGCAAACGCAGAGGGCCGCGAAGGCCUUGAAGGACCUUGAACAAGGCAAAAUAGGAUAUCGGGGAACUUAUUUUGGGUUUCAUCAUCCUCCGCCCCAGAACCCAUACGAUACAUCCUCUUUGAGAGAAGCAGCCCAGACUCCGGCGGGCCCCAGUUCCCGUCUCGGGAAGCAGAACGAAACGGAGAAAGCUCCGGAGCAGGAGAAGAACAAUCAGGGCAGUGGGGCCGAAAUGACCUCCGGGGACCGUCCAAUCUGGCCGUCCGAAAGCGAUUACCGACAGCUUUCACAAAGACAUUACCCGACACCCAAGCGGCCUUCGCUCUAUGUGGACACCCUUCGCGGGCAGUUUCCUGCCGUAAUCGCUGAGUCGUACGGCUCCUGCAAUACUCCCCCGUCGCCAACCGUCUCGACAGAAAAGGCUCGAAUGCCGGUUUCACCGUUCCCACAGCCCGAGAACCGGACCGAAGCUAAGAAGACCCCCGAUCAAGAGAAGAACGGCCGUACUUCCUGCUCCUACAAUCAGCAUCCCUCUCUCGACCUCAAGCAUCCUACCCCGUACAGGCCCAACUAUACUUCUCCGUACGCGCCCAACUGUACUGGCCCGUCGCCGCCCUACUAUGCUAACUGGAUGAACUAUGCUUCCCCGUCGACACUCAACUACGCUGCCGUCCCGGCAUUCUACUCUGCUACCCCGCCGAUUAGGCCCAGCUAUCCUACCCCGUACACGUCCACCCAUCCUCUCCGGCACACAGCCUGCUAUGAUGUCCCGCCGGCACCCUCUGUUCCCCCGCCGGCACCCGUCCGGACAGAAACGACCCGAGCAACGGCUCAACCCCCUCGGUCUGCUCCUAAGCCGCCCGUCAACUUUGAGUUGGCGUACAACAUACUCGCCGCCAAGUUCCAGAACUUGCACAUCUCCACCGCGGCGACCGUUCGAGCCUUGAACGAGGACCUGAAGCGGGCGUCCACCUCGGUCGAUAGGAUGAUUCAGAAGAUGGCGGAGAAGGAGGCUGCUUCUUCGGAUGCUCCUCGAGACGCUCCUCAAACUAGUUCUGCAACACGUUCAUUGUAUCCUGAUGCGGGCGUCCCCAUCCCCGAAGAGGCUGCAGAUAGCGUUGCAGAGGUGGAUGACGAGGUCGGGCUAUACACAGAAGGGAAUGAGCCAAUGAGUUACUGUGGACCUUACGUUGAGGACGAUGAGGAUUCCAUGAACCAUUACAACCAGGAUGAUCCACCUACUUUGAUGGAUUCUGAGGAGGAAGAGUCCUCAGAUGAGGACGAUGAGGACGAUGAGGAUAAGUCUUCAGAUGAGGAUGAUUCUUCAGAUGAGGGUGAUUCUUCAGAAGAGAAUGAUUCUUCGGAUGAGGAUGAUUCUUCGGAUGAGGAAGAUGAGGACGACGAUGAGUCUUCCGAUGAGGAAGAUGAGGACGAGGAAGAGUCUUCAGAUGAGGAAGAUGAGGACGAGGAAGAGUCUUCAGAUGAGGAAGAUGAGGACGAGGACGAGUCUUCCGUGGACGACCAAGACGAGUCUUUAGAUGAGAACGAGCUUGCGUACGACGAAGAGCCUUCAUACGAAGAUGAGCCUUCAUACGAAGAUGAGCCUUCACACGAAAAUGAGCCUUCACACGAGGAUGAGACUGUGAUGGAGGACGAGCCUGUGACGGAGGAGCCCGAGCAGGACGAACCCGAGGAGGACGAUCCUGAGCAAGAGCAGUGCGCCGAAUGCCAAUGCGCCAACGCUUCCUGGUCCCACAUCGGCGGCUACGAGGACGAGGCCUGCGAUGGCGAGGACAUGGUCUGCGCCUGCGUGGCAUCCGACGAUAUCCUACUCGAUAGCUGCUACUGCGUCACGUGCGAGUUGCUACGCGAGUCGGGCGCUGAAGUCCCCGAAGAAGUGGCGGUAUCAGGUGCCUCCUCCGAGACAGAGGGCGAGACGACGGAGGUCGAGAUUGACGAUGAGGAUUACUGCAUCCUGGACGACGAGGACCGAGAUGCCGAGCAGGAUGAUGAGUACGAGUGGGUUGGCGAGGAUGAGUUUGCCUAG